ACUUUCGAAAUUGGCAGCAUGUGGGUGCGCGUGGUCCUGGCGCUGGCGGCGACCGUCGCCGAGGCCUUCUACCUUCCGGGCGUGCAGAUGAUCACGUACGAGCGCGGUGACGUGAUCCCUCUCUUCGUCAACUCGCUGACGUCGCGCGAGACGCUGCUGCCGAUCGAGUACUAUAACCUCCCGUUCUGCUCGCCGGCCAAAGUCGAGUACAAGAGCGAGAACCUCGGCGAGUACUUGAGCGCCAACCGCAUCGAAAACUCGCCGUACGAGCUGCGCUUCCUCGAGAACAAGCAGUGCCAGGUCCUCUGCACCGAGUCGUACACGAAGAAGCAAAUCAAGAAGUUUGCGACCAUGAUCAAGGAGCAGUACCGCAUGAACUGGAUCGUCGACAACCUCCCGGUCUCGUCCAAGCGCGACGACAUGACGGAGCUCGGCUUUCCGCUCGGCACGUUCAACAAGGAGUUUGACCUGGCGCCGCGCCUCAACAACCACGUGACGAUCCGCAUCAGCUACAACAACAUGGUCGACAUGACGUCGGGGCCGUCGCCCAACCAAGGCCGCAUCGUCGACUUUGAAGUCAUCCCGUACAGCUACGACUACAAGGAAUCGUUCACCAUCAAGGACUCGAAGCCGUUGCGCAUGGACAUUUGCAGCCCGUCGACAAAGGAGCAUCCCGAGCUGUACCUUCCGAACCCGAAGGACGACGACACCAAGGAGGCGACAGACGCCAAGUCGACAACCACGGUCUACUGGACGUACAGCGUCGAGUGGAACGAAGACAAUACGCGCGAGUGGCGCACGCGCUGGGACAUUUACUUUGAGGUUGGCUCGGGCAGCGACGAGGUCCAUUGGUUCUCGAUCAUCAACGCGCUCCUCAUCGUGCUCUUCCUCUCGGGCAUGGUCGGGAUGAUCCUCAUGCGCUCCUUGCACCGCGAUAUCUCGCGCUACAACCGCGUGCCAACCGAAGAGGAGCGCAUGGAGGAGCGCGAAGAGUCGGGCUGGAAGCUCGUGCACGCCGACGUCUUUCGCCCGCCGUCGACGCAGCCGAUGCUGUUUUGUGUCAUGGUCGGCGUCGGCUUCCAGCUGCUCGGCAUGGCGCUCGUGACCCUUCUCUUUGCCGCAAUCGGGUUUCUCGCGCCGUCGAACCGCGGCAAGAUGAUCAUUGCGCUCCUCGUGUGCUUCGUGCUCAUGGGCAUGGUCGCGGGGUACGCCUCGUCGCGCAUGUACAAGAUGUUUAAGGGCAAGCGCUGGCAGCUCAGCACCGUGCUGACCGGCGUCCUCUUCCCCGGCAUCAUGUUUGCGACGUUUUUCAUCCUGAACCUCUUUGUGUGGGGCGCGGGCUCGGACGCCGCCGUCCCGUUUGGCUCGAUGCUGCUCGUGGUCUUCCUCUGGUUUGGCAUUUCGGUGCCGCUUGUCUUCCUCGGCGCGUACUAUGGGUUCCGCCAGCCCGCCAUCGAGUUUCCGGUCGCGACGAGCAACAUUCCGCGCCCGAUCCCGCUCCAGCCGUGGUACAUGACCAACGUCAUGACGGCGGCGGUCGGCGGCAUCCUGCCGUUUGGCGCGAUCUUUGUCGAGCUCUUCUUUGUGCUCACGUCGCUCUGGACGGACCGGUACUACUACGUCUUUGGCUUCCUCCUCCUCUCGUUUGUCAUUUUGAUUGGCACGUGCGCCGAGAUCACGAUUGUACUCACGUACUUUCAGCUCUGCGGCGAAGACUACAACUGGUGGUGGCGGUCGUUUAUCGUCUCGGGCGCGUGCGGCGGCUACGUCAUGCUCUACUCGACGUACUACUACUGGACGCGCCUCGACGUGCACAACAUCAUUGGCUCGAUGCUCUACUUUGGCUACAUGGGCAUCGUCUCGGGUGCCCUCUCGCUCCUCACGGGGACGAUUGGCGUCAUGGCGUCGCUUUGGUUCAACAAGAAGAUCUACGCGUCCAUCAAGGUCGACUAAACACGAUGAUUGGAGAGGCGGGUGUAGAUGACUGAAAAUGCAUUUGCUUUGCUUAUGAACGCUUGUACUUGAAGAC